UCAAUCGAGUAAUCUCCCAACAAAUAGCUACGCUUAUGUCCUCAGAGGAAACACUCAGCCCAACUCAAAAAAUACGAAUAGUAACGACGCUAAUCUUUAUCAAUCACUUGAUAAACGUCUAAACACUCUUGAGCGUAUAGUUACAGCACAAGCCGAACAGAUCUCAUCUCUACUUUCCACCAUUAGUACCCUAAUACAGUCCAUAAAUAAAAUGGAAGUAGAAAACUAACUUAAACAAUUCCAAGUGUGGAGGCGGUGUGGUGGGGUGGGGGUCGGGGGGGUGGAUGUGAGGAAAGUUGUGAACACCAUUAAAAGAAAAGCACGGGAAGCCCCGAAUGACCGCCCAGUAAGCAUAGUGAGGGAAGUUGUAGGAGCUGUAAGUGCCGAGGAUGUGCUAAUGACCUUGCCUGAUAGAAAUUUAUUGAGGCGUAUUGUUAAUUCCGUACAAAAUAAAGAGCGGCCGCCAGUUCCAGCUUCGUUACAGGAUAUCGUUAUCGAACCACCGUACAACUCGACAAAAAAUCAAGAAUUAUUCCUACAUUACGACUCGGCAGAAACCUUACCGGAUAAUAGAUUUUUAAUUUUUACAACAGAAGGAAACUUAAGAAUCUUAUCAACUUCCAGGCUGAUUUACGGUGAUGGAACAUUCAAGACUGUGUCGCAACAAUUCAUGCAGCUGUAAACGAUACACGGAUCAUUUCAGGGACACGUCUUUCCCUUAGUUUACGGCAUUAUGGAAAGGAAGACGCAGGAGUCAUAUAAAGCCAUGUUGCAGCAGCUAUUAAACAUUGCGGGAGAAAUGGCUAUUGCCAUCGCUCCGAAGUACGUUUUGACAGACUUUGAACAAGCUGCUAUUAAUGCUUUCCGAGCUGCAUUUCCGGAUGCAAUAUUACAGGGAUGCUUGUUUCAUUUCAGCCAAAGCAUAUGGAGAAAUAUUGUCGGCAGGAGUCUACGUGGAGCAUAUAUGGAUCGAGAGAACCCGGAUAGAAGGCGGCAAAUGCAGCAGUUUUUCGGAUUACCGUUCCUCCCUCUGGAAGACUUAACAGAUGUGUUUGACGAUAUCGUCGCGGACAUUGAAGACGAAGACAUACUGGACCUGGCCUCCUACAUAGAGCACACAUACAUUCGAGGUUACCGGGCACGGGGAAGGAGAGCGGCAAGACCUCCGGUUUUCCCACCAGAAUUCUGGAAUGUAUAUGAAUCAGUUACCAACAGAAUGCACAGAACGACGAACAUUGUUGAAGGGUGGCACAGUUUGUUGCAGGGGCUAAUAUCAGCGCACCACGUGAAUAUUAGGCGAUUUAUUGAGCACAUCCAAGCUGAACAAAAUGACGUAGAAUAGCUUAUUACGCAGAUUCGAGGUGGUCACACUCAAAUAAAACAUCCGAUUAGUCGCCGGUAUAUCACUAAUCAAGCCAGAGUGGAAAGUAUCGUGGCUAGCUAUGGGCAAUACAAGGAAGAUGAAGCAGUUGAUGUUAUCUGAGAGCCAUUCCCUACAGAUUGAAGAAACCCAAAAGAAUUGAAGAAGAAAACGAA